GAAAAAAAAAUUAUUGUAUUGCAUAUACAGCUAUAAAAAAAUUUACAGUCAAAAAGAAAGGUAUGUACAAAUACCAAAUUACCUUCAAGAUUCAUAUAUAUAAAGUCAGUUCUAUCAUCAUAUGUUAUUUAGUAGGAUAGAUACAGUGGGGAAAUGCAGGAUAUUGGCAUGUCGAGGGGUACGAACUCCUGGUUUACGAUAUCUUUCUACCUUUCAUAGUCUUGGUUAUGAUAAAAUUAAACAUAUAAUACCUGAAGUUAUUCAUAAAGAAUUACAAGAUACUUCUAAAUUAGCUCCUAAAGUUCAAGGUAGAAAUAAACGAAUCUUUUUAUCACCAUCAGAAAUAUCUGAUAAAGGAUAUGAAAAAUACGUCCAACGAUUAAAUAGUUCGAAAUCUGUUAAAAGAGUUAUUAGAAAGGAAGAUCAAGGUGAUUUUUUAUCAGAUGAAAUCUUACAAUUUGAUCAAAAUAGUCAUAAUAUUAUAAAGGAUUUAAAACUAGAGCAAGAUUUAGAGAAUCAAACAUCAUCAUCAUCAUCAUCAUCAACACUGAAUCGUUCACAAUAUUUAUCAUCGUCAUCAUCAUCACGAAAAUCUCCUCGAAAACAAUCACGUACAUCAUUAAAUAGUUCCAUUGAUAAAUUAAAACCAUUAAUCUUAAAGAUAAGUAAGAAAAGAUCAGAUAAAUUAAUCAAAGAUAUAGAUCAAGCAUAUACCAAACGUCAAUUACAAGAUUAUUUAACUACCAAUUAUGCCUUACCUGAAUUCUCAUCCAAGAAAAAAUCCAUUAAUAGAACUAAACCAAUUCUUAUAGAACGAAUCUUUAAAGAUAUUUGGAAUGUUGAAGUGGUUAAUUUUAGAAGUUUUAGUGAAGAUUAUUUAUCGGAAAGUUCAUUUAAAUUGUCUAAAAAGGAUUUAUUCAUCUUAUUACUGAAUAAUCAAGAAGCUCUUGAACAUAUUCAAAAUUGUGGUGCCGAAGUUAAAUUCGAUUCCAAUAAAGAUACCAUAAAAUUUGUUGGUUCAUCUUCACAAAUCACAAAUGCUGAAAUCAAUUUAAAUUCAAUUUUAGGUUCAGCAUUUACUGAAACUAUUGAUUUUACAAUCAUAAAGCAAAUCUUAGGAAAUGAAAAAUAUGAUAAUUUUGCUCAAAAAUUAGUUAAAAUCACUGAUGUCUAUUUCCAUCAUAUCAAUGAUGAAGUUUAUGAAUUGACUUCCCUUCAUGUAAAGCAAUUGAAGCGAUUCAAAAGAUUAGUAUUAUGGUCAUUAGCAGUGGAUAGACAUAGACAUUUAAAGAAAGAUUUAUUCAUUCCUCAAUCUUCAUUACAAGAUAUAACUUCAUUAAACUUUUUACCAUAUAAGGAUGAUAUGGCUGUGAGUUGGAAUAAUAGAUCUGAAAAUUUAUUCAAAUUAAGAACGAAUGUCAAAUCUGAUUCUUUACGUAAUAAUGAAAUGUUAUUAAAGGAAUUAAAUAAAUUUUCAAACGAUGCUUUGGAAUCAACUGAUUUGUCAUUCCAAGAUGAAUUUGAACAAAUUAAAAAUGUCAUAUCUCCUCAGAAUGCUAUUAAAAGUGAUGAAGAAGCACUCUCCUUGUUUAGAUCAACCUUGGAACUUGAUAAUAAUGAACUUUUGGAUGACAUAAAAGAGCAAGAACAAGAACAACAAGAAGAAAUAAUAGAGGAAGAAAUUAUUUCUUCUUCACAAGAAUCCAUUCAAUUUAACCUUAACAAUACUAUUUCUGAUUCGGAGGUUGAUAAACUUUAUGACUUCUUAGUUGAUUUCAAAUAUAGAAAUGAAUUAAAGGGGGUAGAAGAAGAUAAUUUAAAUAGUCCAAUUUUCGUGGCCACACUUGGACAUAUCUUAUUUAAAGGGGAAGAUUCCAAUUCUGAACGUGGAGCUUUAAUCCCCCGUAAACCAAUCAUAUCAUCCGCUGAAGACGUAUCACAAUUAAGAUAUGAUUUCAAUACCAAUGUGGAGUUGGCCAAUAGUAAAGUUCUUUCCUACCCCUUACAAGAUUGGUCAGAAUCAUCAAUAUCAAAAUCAAAUCAUUUCUUAAGUGAAGAUCCUCAAACUUAUGUGAUUCAACUUCAAUUCUUACCUGCUGUUUCAUUUGGAAAUGUAUCAGAAAUAAAUCAACAUGAAGAUGGAGAUAAUAUUGUAAAAUAUCCUCCUAUUGAAAUUUGGAUUAACUUAAAUGAAAAGAAGAUUCCUGAUUUAGAUACUUUCCAAGCUGUCACUGUUGAAGGGGAGAAUAAUAGUUAUGUAUCAUUACCUUCAUUUGGAUCUGAUAUUAAAGUUUCAUGUCAAUUAUCUGGAAACUUAUUAACGGAAGAAGAAGAAGUAAUUGAAGAAACUCAAGCUGAUGAUGUGGAAGUUGAUAAGAAUGAAGAAUUCCGUUCUAUUUUAUCAGCCACCACUAGCAGAAACAAUCGAUUUAAAAGUCAACCUGGUAUUUCCAAAUGGUUAAAGAAAUCAACUAUGAAUUUCAGAGGUAAAGUUCCUAUUUCAAUACAUCCUGAUUUGAAUAUAAUCAUAAAUGGUGAAACCAUCAAAUAUAAUUUCAUAAGUAUCAACUAUAGAAGAAAAUUAGAAUUCAAUUUAGAUGAUACCACCACCAUUGAAUUAAAUUCAGUUGAAGGUGGUGAAUUAGGAGGAAGAAAAGUUGAAAUUAAUUUCACAGGGGAUAUGUCUCAAGAUAUAAAUAAACCUCAAUUCAAACAAUUAUUAACUGAUGUAACUAAAUUUAUCAGUGAACUUUAAUGAAUAAAUCAAUCAAUAUCUACAAAUGUUUGUUCAUUUUUCAAUCUGUACAUAAAUAAAAACAACC